CACAGUGUAGUGAAAUGAAGUAGGUGAUGUUGUCACGAUGCUCGCUAUGUCGACGUUGAUGAUGCCCGCGGCCACCAUGACCACCAUGACCAACGCCGGGCCCAUCCCCGUUGCACAGGCCAAGCUGGAGCCCAAGCUGCUGCAGCUGCCCCACCCCAUGAUGCUACAGCAGCACCAGCACACGCACCCCCACACCAAACUUGAACACUACCACAUUUUCGUCGGCGACCUGAGUCCCGAGAUCGAAACUCAGAGCCUCCGGGAUGCCUUCGCGCCAUUCGGCGAGAUCUCGGACUGUCGAGUGGUCAGAGAUCCUCAGACCCUCAAAUCGAAGGGCUAUGGCUUCGUGUCAUUCCUUAAAAAAUCGGAGGCCGAAUCUGCGAUUACGGCCAUGAAUGGGCAGUGGCUUGGGUCCCGGUCUAUCAGAACCAACUGGGCCACGCGCAAACCUCCUGCGCCUAAGAACGAACUAAAUUCAAAACCUCUGACCUUCGACGAAGUGUACAACCAGAGCUCGCCCACCAACUGCACCGUGUACUGCGGGGGCCUGGCCGCCGGCCUCACCGAGGAGCUGCUGCAGAAGACCUUCCAGCCCUUCGGCUCCAUCCAGGAGAUCAGGGUGUUCAAGGACAAGGGAUAUGCCUUCAUCAGGUUCUCAACGAAGGAGAGCGCGACGCACGCGAUCGUGGCUGUCCACAACACCGACGUAAACGGCCAGCCUGUGAAAUGCUCCUGGGGAAAGGAGUCCGGGGAUCCGAACAACGCUCAGACACCAGGACAGCUCGGCGGCACCGCCUACAGCCCCUUCAGCGCGGCGUACACCGGCGGCGUCCCCCCCGCCUCCUACUGGUACAACACGUAUCCGCAGCAGCUCGGGGGCUUCCUACAAGGGGUGCAAGGGGUGCAAGGCGUGCAGGGCUACUCGUACGGACAGUUUGGCUACCAGCAGCAGUAUAUGGGAAUGGGCGGAGUUCAACUGCCAUGGGCGCUCGGCGGCGGCGUGGGCGGCGUCGGCGCGGUCGGCGGUGUCGGCGGAGUCGGCGGCGUGGGCGGCGUCGGCGGGGUCGCCGCCAUGUCGCAGCCGCCGCAAGUGCUGCAUUACCCUGUGCAGCACUUUCAGGUGCAGCCGAUUAGUGAGGAUGAAUGGCUCGCACCGAGCCUGCUGGUGUGAGGGCGUGGGUGCUGCUGCCGCGCCGACUGCGUCUAAACCCCCCCUCCCCCUCCCACUUCGACCCCCUCUUCUGUUAGGGCCGUAGCCAAG